CGGUUUAAUUGUAAUUAUCACACAUACAUAUUUCCUUUCCUUUCUUAUUAAUAAGAAAUAUCUAUGAAUCAGAAUCAGAUGACAACAAAAUCGCCGGCGGAUUACGCUCGUUAAGAAUUAGAAGUCUUUUGUUUUACCAAAACCAAAUUUACUGAAAUAUGGCAAGCGUAAGCGGUGAUAAGAAAGAGAAAGAGAGUGAAUUGAAGCUGAAACUGUAUUCAUACUGGAGGAGCAGUUGUUCCUUCCGUGUUCGUAUUGCCCUCAACUUGAAAGGGCUGAAAUAUGAGUACAAAGCAGUUAACUUGUUGAAGGGAGAGCAAUACAGCCCCGAGUUUACAAAGCUCAAUCCUAUUGGUUAUGUCCCCGUGCUUGUCGAUGGGGACUUGGUGCUUUCCGACUCUUUUGCCAUCUUACUGUAUUUAGAAGAAAAGUACCCCCACCACCAUCCUUUGUUACCUCAGGAUCUUCACAAAAAAUCCAUCAAUUUCCAGGCUGCCAAUAUUGUUUCCUCAAGCAUACAGCCUCUUCAAAAUCUAGCUACACUGAAAUACAUUAAGGAAAAAGUUAGUCCUGAUGAGCAACAGCAACUUGCUUUUGCUAAACAUCAUAUCGAAAAAGGCUUUGUAGCACUUGAAAGGCUUUUAAAAGACUAUGCUGGAAGAUUUGCAACUGGAGAUGAAGUUUUCCUGGCAGAUUUGUUUCUAGCGCCUCAGAUUCGUUCAGCGGUUGAAAGGUUCAAGAUGGACAUGACUCAAUUCCCUGUCUUAUCCAGGUUGAAUGAGGCAUACAAUGAGAUACCAGCUUUUCAAGAUGCUAUGCCAGAAAAGCAGCCUGAUACUCCUCUGACAAGUGCUAGUUAAACCAAUGGGUUGAGGAGCAUAAAGUGCCACAUGAUCAAGCUUUGAGAUAGAGCUUUUCAAAGCAUAUUUGUAUGAAGGUGUUGUGAUGAAGGUUGUCACCUUAUGGAACACAGUGGGAUAAUGUUAAUAAUAAUGGAUGGUGAGCUGAUACAUACAAUAAAUGGUUUGGUUUUGAAGUCCUUGAAGUUCAGUUUGCUUUUGUAUCCACUAAAAUUAUAGUUUUGUUUACCUGUGUUUUCUUCCUGUUGUACACUUAUUAUAUAUCAUAUUUCUAGCAGAAAUGUGUUAGGACUUC